CACAGGCGUCCUCUCCCUCCCUGCGUACUUCAGUCCCUACAACGGCGGGUCCCUGGGCCACGAUGAGCGUGCCGAUGCGUACGCACAGCUGGAACUCCGGACCCUGGAGCAGUCCCUCCUGGCCACCUGCGUGGGGAGCAUCUCGGAGCUGAGCGACCUGGUCUCCCGCGCCAUGCACCACAUGCAGGGGCGCCGCCCGCUGGGUCCUGGCUCCAGCCCCGCCCGCCAGGCCCGCCAGCCACCCCAGCCCAUCACCUGGUCCCCUGACGCCCUCCACACGCUCUACUACUUCCUGCGGUGUCCACAGAUGGAGUCCAUGGAGAACCCCAACCUGGACCCCCCGAGGAUGGCCCUGAACAACGAACGGCCCUUCAUGCUGCUGCCGCCGCUGAUGGAGUGGAUGCGUGUGGCCAUCACCUACGCGGAGCACCACCGCAGCCUCACCGUGGACAGCGGCGACAUCCGGCAGGCGGCCCGGCUGCUGCUGCCCGGCCUGGACUGUGAGCCCCGGCAGCUCAAACCCGAAUGCUGUUUCAGUUCCUUCCGGAGGCUGGAUGCCCGAGCGGCUACUGAAAAAUUCAACCAGGACCUGGGUUUCCGCAUGCUCAACUGCGGGAGGACGGACCUCAUCAGCCAGGCGAUCGAGGCCCUGGGUCCCGACGGGGUGAACACCAUGGACGACCAGGGUAUGACGCCGCUGAUGUAUGCCUGUGCUGCUGGGGAUGAAGCGAUGGUCCAGAUGUUAAUUGAUGCUGGAGCAAACUUGGACAUCCAGGUUCCAAGCAACUCUCCCAGGCACCCCUCCAUCCACCCUGACAGCCGGCACUGGACCUCACUGACAUUUGCUGUGCUGCACGGACACAUCUCUGUGGUCCAGUUGCUGCUGGACGCCGGUGCCCACGUGGAGGGCUCGGCAGUGACCGGUGGCGAGGACAGCUACGCGGAGACACCCCUGCAGCUGGCUUCUGCAGCCGGGAACUACGAGCUGGUCAGCUUGCUGCUCAGCCGGGGUGCCGACCCCCUCCUCAGCAUGCUCGAGACCGACGGCAUGGCCUCCUCCCUCCACGAGGAUAUGAACUGCUUCAGCCACUCAGCCGCCCACGGCCACAGGAACGUCCUGAGGAAGCUCCUGACGCAGCCGCAUCAGGCCAAAGCAGACGUGCUGUCCCUGGAGGAGAUCCUGGCUGAGGGCGUGGAGGAAAGCGAUGCGUCGAGCCAGGGCAGUGGCAGCGAGGGGCCCGUGAGGCUGAGCCGGACGCGCACCAAGGCCCUCCAGGAGGCCAUGUACUACAGCGCGGAGCACGGCUACGUGGACAUCACCAUGGAGCUGCGGGCACUAGGCGUCCCCUGGAAGCUGCACGUCUGGAUCGAGUCUCUGAGGACGUCCUUCUCACAGUCUCGGUACUCGGUGGUGCAGAGCCUCCUGCGGGAUUUCAGCUCCAUCAAGGAGGAGGAAUACAACGAGGAGCUGGUGACCGAGGGCUUGCAGCUCAUGUUCGACAUCCUCAAGACCAGCAAGAACGACUCUGUCAUCCAGCAGCUGGCUGCCAUCUUCAUGCACUGCUACGGCAGCAGCCCUAUCCCCAGCAUCCCCGAGCUCCGCAAGACCCUGCCGGCCAGGCUAGAUCCUCACUUUUUGAACAACAAGGAGAUGUCGGAUGUGACCUUCCUUGUGGAAGGAAAGCUGUUUUAUGCACAUAAAGUCCUGCUGGUGACAGCUUCUAACAGGUUCAAGACACUGAUGACCAAUAAAUCAGAACAAGAUGGCGACAGCAGCAAAACCAUCGAGAUCGGUGACAUGAAGUACCACAUUUUUCAGAUGAUGAUGCAGUAUCUGUACUACGGGGGAGCAGAAUCCAUGGACAUCCCCACCGGCGACAUCCUGGAG